AUGGAUCUGAAGUGUGUCAUAUGUUUUCGAACAUUUACAGAAAUCACAAAAUUAUUACAGCACAUACGUCUUUGGCAUUUCCGUAGUUCUCGUGAAAAUCUUUCUUUGAAAUGUUGCAACAAUCAAUGCGCCUCCACAUUUAAUACAUACUGUGGAUACAAAAAACAUUUGGUUAAAUGUAUUAUUAAACCUUCUGUUAAUGUUUUAUGUAGAAAUGAUGAUUUCAUAGAUGAGUGUACAAAUGCAGAGGUGUACAGGAAUACUAUCUGCAGUAUUACUUCGGAGGAUAGUAAUAUCAACCCCAGUGAUCAAUCUGAAGGAAAUGGGGACCCCCAUCCUUCAGAUUUGAAUGAACGAACACAUGGGAUGAGUGUUGAAACAAUUGCGUCUGAUAUUAGUGUUCAUAUAAUUUCUUUUAUUUCAAAAUUAAUGUCGAUGGGAAUGCCGCUUUCUACAAUAGUUACAGUAGUAGACAAUGUCGAUGAGCUGAUGAACUGUGUUUUUGAAGAUACGCUUGACAUUUUGUCACAAAACGAUAACCAAAAUUGUAACAUUUUUUUCAAUACAAUUACAGCUUCUAUUCAAAAGUAUAAUUCGGUUUACAAAAUUAAAAAGUUUUUUUCUAACUCUGUUGUUACACCUGUAGAAGUUGCGGUAGGUGUGAGAAGCGAUCAAAUACUUCAUAAAGCUAGUAAUACCUAUAUUGAAAAGAAUGUUACGGAUACUUUUACAUACAUUCCUAUCCUUAAUACUUUGUCUGCAUUAUUGCAGAAUGAAAAUAUUCAACAAUAUUUUACAAGAGACUAUGGGUCAUUGGUGAAAAGCGAUCAUUUUGAGACAUUUUUCGAUAGCGAUUCUUACAAGAAGAAUCCGUUAUUUAAGGAAAAUCCGAAUGCAAUUCUUAUUCAGCUGUAUUUUGACGAAUUUGAAUGUACAGCGCCUUUAGGUUCGAAAACUGGCAUUCACAAAAUUGGUGCAUUUUAUUUUAAUAUAAGAAAUAUCCCCACAAUGUACUUAGGACAAUUGGAUAAUAUACAUGUUGCGGCAUUAUUUUACUCAUCAGAUUUGAAAAAGUACUCUAUAAACAAAUUUUUACAACCACUUGUAUCAGAUCUAAAAAUUUUAGAAAGGGACGGUAUUGAAGUUUCAUUUCUUCCGUAUAAGUUAAAGGGUACUUUAGUUGCACUCAGUUUUGACAAUCUUGGCGGCAAUGCUUUAAUGGGUAUGGUUGAAUCAUUUAGCGCAAAUUAUUUUUGUCGAAUGUGUUUAAUGCAUAAAAGCGACACCCAAGUUAUUUUUAAUGAGUCGGAUCCACUUUGCCGUGCCAGAAAUCAAGAGUUUUUUAAUACCUUGCCCGAAAUCGAAGUCGGUUCUAACUAUUACGGAAUUAAAGCAAAAAGCGUUUUAAAUGAAUUACAAUAUUUUAAUUUGGGGAAUAUAUCAUCAGUAGAUAUCAUGCAUGAUAUUCUCGAAGGCGUAGCUCAAUUUGAAAUUAAAUCUAUAUUAUCUUAUUUAGUAUCCAAAAAAAUUAUCUCUCUCAAUGAAGUCAAUCAAAGAAUUUUUUUCUUCAAUUACGGUUCUAUCGAUCAAUGUACAAAACCAAGUCCUGUUAACAUAGAAAAAUCUGGUGCCAAUAUAGGAGAACGUGCAGCUCAAACAUGGACUCUUGUGCGAUAUUUACCUUUAAUACUAAUUGAUGUAAUUCCAAAGUGUGAUGAAAGGUGGAAUAUAAUUACUUUACUGUUGGAAAUAAUGAAUAUAUCUUUUGCCCCCAUAAUACCAGUUGCCAUGACGUAUGUCCUAGAGAAUUUAAUUUGUAAACAUCAUCAUUUAGUUAAACAAUACAUCGGAAACAUUUUGCCUAAGCACCAUAUGAUGAUUCAUUAUCCACAAGCGAUUAGGAAUAUGGGCCCUCUUAUACACUUAUGGGCCAUGCGAUUUGAAUCAAAGCAUGGAUAUUUCAAAGAUUUAGUAAAUAAGGGGAAAAAUUUUAAGAAUCUUCCACAAACGUUGUCUAUAAGACAUCAAAUAAAGCAAAGUAUAAAUACCCAUAAACUUUAUAAAUUGCAUAUGACCUUCGGGCCUGUCAAGCACUUUGAUUUGAGUAACUACGAAUUUAAAGAUGUUAUUAUUGAAGAAUUAGACGUUCCAAAUUCUGUCACUCUUAACGAAACUAGAUUCUUGAAAUGUGGUUUCCAUUAUAAACCCUCUUUCUUAGUUUGCGUAAAAGUUAAUGGCCAGCUACCUAUCUUUCAAGAGAUAAUAAAAAUUAUUCUAAUAGAUGAACAGCCAUUUUUUAUAACAAAAUCCUGGGAAACUAAAGAGUUUAAAGAAAGUUUAAAUGCAUUUCUAAUUAAACCCUCAAUUGAAAUUUCUAUUUGCGAUCCAAAAUUACUAGUUUACAAGGAACCAUAUGAGUGCAAAACGGUUUCUAGUUCAUAUUAUAUAGUACCUAAACAUAUAUUUGUACAAAUCUAA